CCUCCUCCUGCACCGAAGAGACAAUCACAUGAGGAAACGGCCAAUCAAGAGGCUCAGUUCAUGGAUUGUUGGACAUCUAAAAAGGGACAUCGUUUCUUACUCUCUAAGACUUGUACUUUUUUGCGCUAGUCUUUCAAAGUGAACCAACCUACAGAAUGGUAUUGCUUAGUAUCUGUGGAUGCUCGUGGAUGAAAUGGAUGGCCACAUUGCUUCACAUGGUGAUAUUCCUGCAGCUGGCGCUGUGGGAGACGACAGAGGCCAUCCACCCAGACUGCGCCCUGGUGGUUCAGCACAUGAAGGCUCAGGAAGAAUGUAACCACAUUCUCAAAAAAGAAGAGAGCAACCACUCCAACGGUUGUCCGACGGCGUGGGAUGAGAUCCGUUGCUGGAAUCGUGCUGAGGUGGGACAGGUGGUCAGCGUCUCAUGCGCCAAUGUCUCCCAGCUGUUUGCUAAUAACCAAGGUUACAUCUACAGGAACUGCACCGAGGACGGCUGGUCUGAUCUGUACCCCUCCUAUGAGGAGGCCUGCGAGUUCACAGAGUACGAAGAGACAGAACCAGAGACAACAUACUACUCAAAAUUUAAACAGGUGUACACCGCUGGCUACGCUACCUCCCUCAUCUCUCUUAUAUCAGCUAUUUUUGUCUUCACUGUGUUCAGGAAGUUUCACUGCACCAGGAAUUACAUCCACAUCAAUCUUUUCUUCUCCUUCAUCCUGAGAGCGAGUGCUGUCUUCAUUAAAGACGGCGUUCUUUUUUCAGACGAAAAUCUGGACCACUGCUUCAUGUCCACUGCAUCGUGUAAAUCAGCCGUGGCCUUUUUCCAGUUCAGUAUCCUAGCCAACUACUUCUGGCUUCUGGUGGAGGGCAUGUACCUGCAGACGCUGCUUGCUCUCACCUUUGUCUUCCAGAAGAAAUAUUUCUGGUGGUACAUUCUCAUCGGCUGGGGUCUCCCAACAACGAUCAUAAUGGCGUGGAUUCUUACUCGAAACUUCUACGAUAACAAGGGGUGUUGGGAUGACACAGAUGUGGCCUUCAUCUGGUGGAUCAUAAAAGCUCCAAUAACUGUAUCACUACUGGUAAACUUCAUCAUCUUCAUUAACGUGAUCAGGAUUCUGGUCCAGAAGCUGAGAUCUCCCGGUGUCGGUGGCAAUGACACCAGUCACUUCAAGAGGCUUGCCAAAUCCACUCUGCUCCUCAUCCCUCUGUUUGGGAUGCACUACAUGGUGUUUGCCUUCCUGCCAGAGAACACAGGAGCAGAGGCCCGGAUCUUCAUAGAGCUCGGCCUAGGAUCCUUUCAGGGAUUCGUUGUUGCCCUGCUCUACUGUUUCCUGAAUGGUGAGGUGCAGGGAGAGCUGAAGAAGAGGUUUUGGAAGUGGCAGACUCAGAAUUACAUGCGCUACAGUAAACGGCGGCGUACGUUGUUCACAGAAAGCAGCACUAUCACACAGAUCUCCGUCCUGGACAAAUCCAGCCCCAAAGAUCAGCCGGCCUCAGGGACACACACCCUCACGCCCAGUAAUGUGUCCAGCGUCUGAGGUAGAGUCGCUGCCGUUCAUGUCUUCGCAAACUGCUCGGCAUCUGGCCGACGCCUGGUGACCAAACCUCAGAGCCUAAGAAUGUUAAAGGUACCUCGUAACUCCGUACCAUACGGUUUUGUUGCAGAAUCAACAAUGGCUGCCUCAUUUACAACCAAGCUUGUUGACUUUUUCUUUUUCGAUUCACAUUAUCCCACACUUCUUUCCUCCAUAAUAUGAAUUAAUUCCAAACUAAAAGGCUUCAGUUUGGGCAGAAAGAGAGGUCAAAUAUUAUAUUGAUUUGGUAUCAUAGGAAAAAUUCAGCUUUAGGGCCAUCCUACACAUCUUACCCACAUCCAGCAAAUUGUUAGUCUGCAUUUACAAAAGCAGCGGAUGUGACUGCAAAACGCUGUCAUUGUUUUAACAUAAAUCAAAUAGAAAAUCAUCUAUAUAAGUAACACUUGAUAUUGUUUGUUCUGUAACAGCUCCUUACAUGAUCUGGUUUGUGAUCAAUUGUUGUGUUUGUGUUGUUUUGGGUCAUAUUUGUGUUAGUGAGGACAGCCACAAAUUUGCUGCAGCAGUGAGGUUAAAAAGAUGGGAUAAGUUCAAGCUUAAGUAGGAUGGGUGAAUUACCUAUAAGGGUUGAAGCUGUUAAAAAGCAGAAUGGUUUUAUUAUCAAAUGCCAAACACGUCUAAAAUAUCUGAUUAAGUUUAUCGAUCAAGUUGUUCAUUUCGCACGCAUGUCACAAGCACUAAAGGGCAUGCUGUCAACAAGAAAUUCUUACCAUUUCUUGAGUUUCGAUGUCGAUAUAAUUAUUGUUGUUAUUCAUUCCGUGCCACUACUCUCUUGAAUGUUGGGCAGAUACAAAACAAAAAUCCUUACAAAAUGAAAUAUUCUCUGUUUAAUAGAAUAUGCCUGUGUUACCAUAAGUGGCUCUACAUGCAACAUGUUGCACAGUGCCCUAGUGCACAACUGGAGCACUAGACUGUAAAAGCUAUUUAUUUGUCUGAUUAUUGUUUCUCCUCUGUGGGAAUGUUAAUAGACCAGAACUAACGUUUAUAGCAACAGAACAGUCCUUCUAACAGAUUUAUUAACUACAUAAAAGGACCUUGUGACUAUAAAAAAACACACAUAAAUAAUAGACACAAAUUUAAAUUAACAACGGAUAUUGGUGUUUAUAUGUUAUAUAUUUUUCUGAAUCGUAUGUUUGUUAUUUUAUUAUUCUUAUAUGUAAUAUUGCAAAUUGUGAAUAAGAUUCUACUGUAUAUUUCUGUAUUAGUUAGUGUAAGUGAUGCCCAGUUGCAGUCCCAGAUCGCUGUGCUAAUGCUAAUGCUAAUGCUAAUCCAGAACCUGAGAAAUAACUUUGAGAGACUCAAUGAGCUGUUUUCAAGGUGUAUAGACAGCAUUUUGUGUAUCUAUGCCUUGAAUUCAUAUUUUUUCUAACUUGGAAAAUAGUUUGCAAGUCAGCACACUCAUUACUUAUACUUACAGGUA